AGGGAGGAGAGGAGGGAGAGAGAGAGAGAGAGGGAGGAGGAGAGAGAGAGGGAGGGAGGAGGAGGAGAGAGAGAACAGAGGAGAGGCAGCAGACGGAGAUAAGAAGGCAGAGUGACAGAGGGAGGACAGACGUGUCGGAGAGGAUGAUGUGCAACAGGCUGAUGGCUCCGGACGAGCAGAAGCGAUAGCAUGCCGCCGCUAACGACUGGUGAGGGUGCAGCCCGGCGAUGACAGCGAUGCUCAGCCCCAAAAUCAGACAGACCCGGAGAGCCAGGUCUAAGAGCAUGGUGAUGGGGGAGAUGGCGCGCAGUUCCAGCUCCAGCAGGGCAGUACCCACGGGCCCCCAGGAGAGGGCGCUGAAGGCCGGCUGGCUGAAGAAGCAGAGGUCCAUCAUGAAGAACUGGCAGCUGCGCUGGUUCGUGCUGCGCCCCGACCAGCUCUGCUUCUACAAGGACGAGGACGAGAGCAAGCCACAGGGCUGCAUCCCUCUUCAGGGCAGUCAGGUGACCGAGCUGGCAGCCAAUCCGGACGAGCCCGGGCGUCACCUGUUCGAAAUCGUCCCAGGUCCAGGGGAGAAGGACAGGUCCACCAUCAGCCAUGAGGCCUUUCUGCUCAUGGCCAACUCCCAGAAUGAGAUGGAGGAUUGGGUUAAGGCCAUACGACGGGUCAUCUGGGCCCCGUUUGGAGGAGGGAUCUUCGGCCAGCGGCUGGAGGACACGGUGCAGUUCGAGCGGAAGUUUGGGCCGCGCCUCGCCCCGCUCCUGGUGGAGCAGUGCGUGGACUUCAUCCGGGAGCAAGGCCUGGACGAGGAGGGUCUGUUCCGCAUGCCCGGCCAGGCCAACCUGGUCAAGGAGCUCCAGGACGCCUUCGACUGCGGGGACAAGCCCCUGUUCAACAGUACCACGGACGUCCACACGGUGGCGUCCCUACUGAAGCUGUACCUGCGGGAGCUGCCUGAGCCCGUCAUCCCCUUCAGCCAGUACCUGGACUUCAUCACCUGCGCCCAACUGCUGGCCAAGGACGAGGAGGCUGGGAUAGAGGAGCUGGGGAAGCAGGUGAAGACUCUUCCUCUGGCCAAUUACAACCUGCUGAAGUACAUCUGCAAGUUCCUGGAUGAAGUUCAGACCCACUCCAGCCAAAACAAAAUGAGCGUUCAGAACCUGGCCACGGUGUUCGGACCCAACAUCCUCAGGCCCAAGAUGGAGGAUCCGAUGUCCAUGAUGGAAGGGACGUCCCAGGUGCAGCACCUGAUGACGGUGCUAAUUCGGGAUCAGGAGCGGCUGUACCAGGGGCCCGAGGCUGACGGCCCCCCCGGGCCCCUGCAGGAGGUCCAGGCCCCCCCUAAGCGCUACAUGGUGGAGUGGAUCUCCGAGGAGGACCUGCAGAGCCGCACCUCCUCCUCCUCCUCGGCGUGCGGCAGCGCCCCCUGCCUGGAGCUGCAGGGUACCGCGGCCCUCUCCGCCGUCAGCCCCAGCAAGCCGCGCUCCCUGCCCGGGUGGCGGUGCUCGAUCCGGGGCCCGGCGGCGGGCAGCCACCGGCGCACGGCCUCCGGGGAGCGGGUCCGCGCCUCGCCGCUCUCCCACCGCCUCUCCACCUACGACAACGUGGCGGCGUCCAGCCACAGCGCGCCCAGCUCGGCCUGGGGCUCCUCGUCCUGCGAGGCCUCGCUCACCGACCCGUCCCUGGGAUCCGGGGCCUCCGAGGCGGGGGCGGGGGCGGGCGGCGGGGGAGGGUCGGAGACGGGGGCGGCCGGCGGCGGGGGAGGGUCGGACACGGGCCCGGGCACGGAGGCCGGGAGCAGCAGCGAGGCCCUGGAGCGGUGCGUCAGCAGCGUGGGCGUGGGCGAGAACGGGAGCGCGGACGACGGCUCCACCGCGGCGCUCGGCGAGCUGGUGGCCGAGCUGGAGGACCGGCUGCGGACGCAGAGAGCCGCCUACGAGAGCAGGAUCAGGAAGCUGGAGGAGUCGAGCGAGGCACUCGGGAGCCGCGUGGAGAGGCUGGAGGCGGAGCUCGACCAGGAGCGGAAGAAGCAGGGCAUGCUGGGAAUCAAACUGCGCAACUCGGAGCGUGCGCGGGAGGACGGGGAGAGGAGGAACCGGCUCCUGCAGGAGGAGAUGGAGGAGUUCUUCUCCACGCUCGGGAACCUGACGCUGGGGACACAGGGCGGGAACGUCGUAUAACACCCGCCCACGGCCCGGCUGUGGCCUGGACUCUGUCAUCAGACUCUUUUACCCGUGCAUCAUGGGUAUAUUGAGCAACUGUGUAGUAUUUCUUUUUUUUUUUUAUCAUAAUACUUCUUUGACAGCACCCAUAAUAACUUGGAUUUGAACGUGUGUCAGGACUUUAAGGGUGCGAGGUAUUGCUGAUUUACCGCUGUUACCAGGCCUGCAUCAAAUGUAAUCAUAUUUUUUUUUUAAAUAUGAUUACUAUGAAAUACCACUUAAAUCCGGGUAAACACUUAUGCCUGAACACUUCCAAUGCAUAAUGUUUUUACAGGAAUUUUACUGGCGUCAAAAAUGGUAAAGUAUUUCAUAAUUAUUAUUUUAAAAAGGUCAGACUAUCACUGUAUGGUGCACUGCACUGAACCAAAGCAUGACUGCACUGUUAAAACCAGACCACUGGCACCGGAAGACCAAGUCUCACGCGCGCACCUGACGAUGUUCAAUUAAAAACCAACGAAGGACUCUCGACCGUCUCACCCCGACUGUGCCUUCUGGGUGACUGCACGGGGGAGGAAAAACUCACGGCUCAGUCCAGACAAGAUGGCUGCCACUUGGCUUCGACCGCAGAAUGCUCCUCCCAUGCAUGCAGUUGGUUCAGCUCUUGGGCCAUAUCAUGAUAAAACAGGCCACUGCCUCCACUCACAGCCCCACUCAGUCUGUCCCGAGAGGCUAUAUUCCCCGCCAUCGCAGAAGAAAAGCUGAAAGAUAAUUAAUCGGUUUCGUCUUGCCUUACACACCGAAUUUGAGAAAAAUUGGAAUUUCUAAAUUCUCAGUCAGCCACUCAAAUUUCAGCAUUCCUGGAAGGCCCUGUGUACUGUGGAACUGUCCAAUCAGAGCUGUCAGAUGUAAUGUUGUUUAUGUGUGAAUUGAGACUUCAGGUGGUACUCUUCAGGGUGAACUUUGAAAGUGUUGGUGUUUGUAAUGGAUUUCAAUCAUUAUCUGACGGAAACAGGCAGUUAAAAUGUUGUUACACACUUGAAGUGGUUUAGUCAGAUGUUUUUAUAGCCCUGUCAACAGCAUUCAUUAAUUUAAAUGUCAACCGUUUCCAACUGCUUUCCCCCUCAAUUAAUGUCAUACAUAUACUGUACUACUUAUGCAGGUGCUAAUUUAAAGACAUUUAAAAUAACCGCUGGUAAUUUAAACCAAAUCAAGUAUUUGAAGUGACAAAUAAAUACGAAACACAGAGACGCUAA